AUGAAUGGAGCUGUAGAGGCCGCCCACAAGAAUAUCAAAAAGAUUUUGAGAAAAAUGAUUGACAAACAUCGAGGUUGGCAUGAAAUGUUUCGAUACGCUUUACCGGGUUAUCGAACGACGGUCAGAACAUCGACUGGUGCUACUCCAUACUUUCUAGUAUAUGGAACAAAAACAGUUAUACCUGCUGAAGUUGAGAUACCGUCCUUGAGAAUCAUCCAAGAAGCUGAAUUGAGUAACGCUGAAUGGGUUAGCAAACGGAUUGACCAACUAACUUUGAUUGAUGAGAAGAGAAUAGUUGCAGUCUGCCAUGGCCAGUUGUAUAGACAGAGAAUGACUCGUGCCUUUCACAAGAGAGUAAGAGCCAGAAAUUUUGAAGUUGGCCAGUUGGUUAUUAAGCUUAUUUUUCCUCACCAAGACGAGUACAAAGGAAAGUUCGCGCCAAAUUGGGAGGGUCCUUACAUGGUUCGUAAAGUAUUAUCUGGAGGUGCUUUGGUCCUGUCAGAGAUGGAUGGCAGUGUAUGGCCUAAACCUAUCAACUCAGAUGUUGUCAAGAGAUACUACGUGUGA